GAUGAAUGUAAAUGUGUGACUACAGGAGGAGCUCUGACAUCACUGUAGCUCAGUGAGAGACUCAGAGAAAUUGACACUAACUUGAUCAACAACAACAUGAACAUCUGAAACCAUCAAACUCUUUAAACAACAGAAUAUUGAGUCGUUCAGAGACCCUUGUGAACACAUCUGAUACUCACAGUCUUCAAGAGGGAAAGAACGAUGGCAGAAUCUUCACUAACAGCAAGAAAUCCCAGGAGUGAGAGUAUCGACAGUUUACCUCCAACAAUGUCAUCCUCCAUGUGUUCACUGUCUGAGGAGAUUCAGUGCUCUGUAUGUCUGGAUGUGUUCACUGAUCCAGUCACGACUCCAUGUGGACACAACUUCUGCAAGAUCUGUCUGAAUAAGUGCUGGGACAACAGCCAGACCUGCAGCUGUCCAUACUGUAAAGAAGCAUUCAAGCAAAGACCUGAUCUCAAGAUUAAUACCACACUCCGAGAGCUUGUAGAUCACUAUAAAAAGAAAAGUCCUGAGACUUUGAAAACAACUGAAGUUCUGUGUGACAUCUGUGAGGAAGGAAAGCUGAAAGCGCUGAAGUCGUGUCUGGUGUGUCAGAGCUCUUACUGUGAAACUCACCUGGAGCCUCAUUUGAGAGUGACACGUUUGAAGAAACACAAACUGAUGGAUCCUGUGAGUAAUCUGGAGGACUAUAUAUGUCAGAAACAUGAGAGACCUCUGGAUCUGUUCUGUAGAGAUGAUCAGACAUGUGUGUGUUCAGUCUGCACUGUGACCGACCACAAGAACCACAACACUGUUGCUAUAGAAGAGGAGAGUCAAGAGAAGAAGACUGAACUGAUGAAAACACAGAAAGACGUGCAGCAGAUGAUCCAGAACAGAAACAAGAAGAUUGAAGAAAUCAAACACUCAGCAGAAGUCAGAAAAGGAUUUUAUACUGAACUGCUGGAGAUGAUGGAGGAGCAGCAGAAAGCAGCAGAGAAACAGGAGCAACAGCUGAUUGAAGAUCUGGAGCAGGAGAUCACUGAGCUAAAGAUGAGAAACACUGAGCUGGAGCAGCUCUCACACACUGAUGAUCACCUCCACUUCCUACAGAUUCACUCAUCCCUGUGCAGCUCUAGAAACACCAGGAACUGGCCUGAGAUCAGUAUGAAGACUCUGAGGAGAGAUCUGACUCAACUGAAGGAAACUAUAGAUGAGAAACUCACACUAACUGUCUCUGCAGAGCUGAAGUGGAUGCAGCAGUAUGCAGUGGAUGUGACUCUGGAUCCUGAUACAGCUCAACCUAAUCUCAUUCUGUCUGUUGAUGGAAAACAAGUGGGACAUGGAGACAUAAGACAGAAACUCCCAGACAAACCAGAGAGAUUUGAUACAUGUGCCUGUGUCCUGGGAAAGGAGGGAUUCUCCUCAGGGAGAUUUUAUUUUGAGGUGCAGGUGAAGGGAAAGACUAAUUGGGAUUUAGGAGUGGCCAGAGAAUCCAUUAACAGGAAGGGACAGAUCUCACUGAGACCAAGAGAUGGAUACUGGACUGUGUUUCUGAGGAAUGGAGAUAAAUAUGAAGCCUGUGCUAGUCCUCGUGUCUCUCUGUCUCUGAGAGUGAAGCCGCAGCGGGUCGGUGUGUUUGUGGAUUAUGAGAAGGGUCUGGUCUCUUUUUAUGAUGUGGAGUCCAGCUCUCAUAUCUACUCUUUCACUACUCAGACUUUCAAUGAAAAACUCUAUCCAUAUUUUAGCCCAUGCCCUAAUGAUGGAGGUAAAAACUCAAGCCCACUGAUCAUCAAACCUGUCAGUUAUUAUAAAUGAAUUUACUCUCCUAACAAAUGCAAGAUUAAAAUAAUGAAUUUUAUAAUUAGAAAUCUGCAACAAUACGUCCUGCUAUUUUUUAGCAUUUGUUUUUCAGUUUUUAAAAUCUAAAUGUUCUUA